AUGAAAUUCUAUGUCAAACUGGAUGUACUGAGUGCUGGUCCCUCUGUGCUAAUCUUGAAAUCCGGGUUGAGAAUCUGCUCUAAUGGUGCUGCCAGGACGAAUAUUCCAAUAUUACAAGAUUAUGCCUAUUUUGAAGUUAAACUGCAGAAUAAUGCAGGUGCUGCUUGGGCUGUUGGAUUGUGUACAAAUGAAACUCCAUUGGAUUCGAUACAAUCACUAACACAAAGCUCAUCAUGUUGGAUACUUAAAAAUGACAUGAAAAUAUGGAAUCAUGGUAAAGUGAUCGGUCAUCUUGUAAAAUCAAUUGAACAGGAUAAUAUUAUUGGUGUGUAUUAUGAUAAAGAACAAAUUAAUCAACAUUUUGACUAUGUCGACAAUAUAAAUGGAGUUGUUUAUCCUGUGUUAGGCGUUGAAGAGGAUAGUGUGUUGGAUGUAAUGUUUACAGCGAAUUCAUUCAAGUAUCCACCGCCUAUUGAAGGAUUCGGUGAAAUCACAUUUCAAAAAGAGGUUACUUUUAAGUAA